AGCUAAUUAGGUCUAACAAAGAACAACAGUUAUAUAAAUGAUGGCUAGGGUGGCUAGAGGGCUGUUGUUUGAACUUUUGGGACAAUCAGUUGGUGAUCCCUUUGUGGAUGAGGAUGAUGUUCCUGUUGUAAUCAGGUCCUGGCAAGCACCAAAAUUCCUCAUAACUGCAAUGCACAUAAAAGGGCAUGUCUCAAGCAUAAAUGUGUUGGGUAUUACAGAAGUUCAGGAGCUUCUUGCUGCUGGAGGUUAUAAUACACCAAGAACAGUGCAUGUAGUCAUAGCACAUCUAGCUUGCCGUCUAACUCGGUGGGAUGAUAGGUAAUUGAACUUUUAACUUUCAUCUAUAAUUCAGCUAUGUAAUUCUCCUAGAUUCCUGUGAAUGUGUGAUUGGUGCCAGUGCCACUUCGUGUUUGUUGUUUCUGAUCUUGCUCUGAGAAAGGUAUAUUGACUUAAGUUAUCACAUAUCCAGACAUUAAACAAGGCCUUCUUAUGUUAAAUCAACUCUUGCUUAUAGU